AUGGCAGAGGUUGGUGGUGCAGCCAUUAGCGCUGUGGCCAACCUCGCUGCCUCAACCUUCACCCAUCUUGUCAGGCUUUCUUCUCGACAUGAUCAUUCCUACAACAAGCAAGCUGCGGAGACGGACAGAUUGUCUCGGAGUUUGGAAGACUUGCACAGGAAGGGAGAGGUAGACGAGGAGCAGUAUGACCAGUAUAGGAAGAUUAAGCAGACAGACGUAAGCCCGCGGAGGCUCUCGACAAAAUUCCAGACGAAGACUUUAGUUCGAAAGGCGAAAGGAAAGAUGCGAGAGGCAAAUCACACUCUCCGGGAGCAUUAUCAGGGCUCCGCGUCGGGGGGCUCUGAAGUGCCGUCGAUCGCUGCAGAUUCUGGCUCACCACCUGGUUCGGCCCUUGAGAGUGAGAGGAUAAGAGACUGGGCAACGGAUGUUGAGCAGAACGAAAAUGCAGCCGAUGAACGUAGCCAGCACCAAGAUCCCUGCCCUUCCGAACACAUAGAAUCGCCUUCCACAACAUCUCUUAUCGACACUUCCUUCCUUAGCUCCUCAGCACCCGCACUAUUCAUGCACGAUCCAGACACUACAGAGGAGGACCAGAAGGUGUAUGCUCACCGGAAUAGCGGGUCAAUAAGUCGCCGCCAGGGUGCGCGGCGUGCCGAUGAGAUUACGAACCUGGAGAAGAAGAACAGUUACCUGAAGCGUCAGGCGCGGCGCGGGACAAUCCUUGAAAUUGCACGGCUAAUAUUCCCCGCCUCUCCAUCCGAGCCACAGCUCCACAUCCAGCAACAGGCACCAACGACCCGCAACGCAGCCGCUUCCCAUGAACCGAAUCCGAAUCCGAAUCUCAGCGCCGUUCAGGCCUUCAAUAACCCGACACCGAAGUCGACACCCCAGUCCAAAUUCACCGUUCGAACAAAGCUCAAGUUCAGUUCGAGAUUGUACAACCUCAGACCCAAGCCAACGCCGAAGGGAAAGCCUGCUACUCGACAACGCCCACACCGAACCCAGUGUCGGACCUAG